UAGAAAACAGUAUAAAAACAAUAGUUGAUCGUUUCUGUAGUAGAACUGUUAAUUAAAAAAUAAAGUGAUUUUCAACAUAAUAAUUGUUCCGAUUUAAAUAUAAAAAAGUGAAAAUAGUGUAAAAUUAAAAAUGGGUGGAUUAUUUAGUAGUCCUAGUCAUCAGUUCGAAGUUAGAGAUUAUUACAGACCACCAUCAGCAGCAACUAGAAAUUGCAAUAUUUCGCAAACAAACACAGAAAGUGCUUCACUAUGGUCACAUUCAUCAUCUUAUUUAAGGCCUUCAGUAAUUAAUAAUGUUGCAAACUCGAAUGAAUAUUUGUCAAAUACAAACACUCACCAAUCAAGUAAUUUGAAAUUAAGGCCACCACCCCGUUUGGAACCUAAACUAUCCACCCCUCGAUUAAAAGCUCCACUACUUUUGUCACCUAAGCUACCCACUCCUCAAGUGGUAAAACGAAACAACAGUUUGUUUGAAAGUCUAAUAAAAACUGAAGUGCAUAAUUUACACUGGAAACCAAUGGAUAUGAAUACAACAAAAUUAGUAGAUCUGGUACCACAUUCUACUGAAUAUGAAGAAGUAAGCUCUAAAUUCUACAUGUAUAUAAAGAAAAAAUCAAGAAAAAAUUUUUAUAUUACAAAAAUUGUAAAAAUUCAAAAUCCAUAUUUAUUAGCUGCCUUUCAAAUAAAAAAAGAAGAAAUUCGCACGAAAUUUGGUCAUGUUAAUACAAUGGAAUUGUUUCAUGGUACUAAAAGAGGAAACGUGUCAUCUAUACGCAAUGAAAACUUUAAUUGGCGACUUCAUGGUAAAAGCCUUGGCCAUAGAUUUGGAAAAGGUGUUUCAUUUUCACCAAUAUCAUUCUAUUCAACACAUUACUGUGAUAAAAGCAAUUCAGUUGAAAAAGUAAUGUUCUUGGCAUUUGUGCUUCUUGCAGCAUCUUGUACUGGCAAUGAAAAAACAUUCUUACCUCCUCCCACAUUUGACACCACUCAGAAACCAAAUGGGGAUGUUAUCGUUAAAUAUGAAGACAACGAAUUUUAUCCUGCGUAUGAGAUCUAUUUUAGAGAACUUAAUUAUGCUUCUAACUGUAUAGAUCUUUACGAUUACUAAUUAUAUAUUAUA